AUGAAUUUCAUGCCUAUCGUAUUCCAACAAGCUGCACCCAAUGCCAGAGCAGACAUAUAUAUCAAAUUCAAAUCACUGGGUCGCGAAGAUACCCGCUACGGCUUCACAUCCAUGGUCUCUGACGGUGUCUAUCUGCAGUCAGGAAGUAUCAACGUGACGCUAAACGAUGACUACGCGUGGACCGACGACCGUCUGUUCAGCUACACCGCAACCCACGAAAUCGGCCACGCACUUGGUCUCAGUCACAGCGCAGUGGAAGCCGCGGUCAUGUUCGCUUACUACGGAGGUCUGAUCCGCCCAUUACAUCCCGAUGACAAGAUGGGCAUACACGAGAUCUACGGCUGGAAAACACCUCAAUGGAGUCGCAUCGACGCAAACAGCGGAACAAGAAACAUCAUGCAAGUGACCUCAACCGCAUCAACAAGUUCAGUCAACGAUGGACUCUACCAACUGCGUUCGAAUGGCCAAAUCCUCCGCUACGCCAACAGCGCCUGGUCCAGUCCCGACAACAACCCCGACACUAUUCAAAUCGCUGGCGCGGCAGGCAAGCUCUACCAGCGCCACACCGAUGGCAGCACAUAUCUCUGGACCGGCACCAGCCAAUCCUGGACCCCCAUCGGCGCCGCCUCAGAAAACGUCAUAGACAUCGUCGCUGCGUCAGAUCAGCUCUACUCGCGCCGCAAAGACGGCUGGGUCGUGCGCUACACCGGCACAGGCACCUCGUGGGUGACCAUCGAACAGCCUACGGCAUCCAUAUCGCGCCAAAUCGCUAUCACGGACUCCAAAACACUUUGGAAUUUGCUAAGUACAGGCGACCUUGUCCGGUCUACUUGGCCACAUACUUCUGGCUCCUGGCAAAUCGUUGACCAGAACAGCGCCAAUGUGGCGAUUGCUGUGGGUGGUAAUGACUUCUACAAACUGCAGGCUGAUGGUCUGGUAGUGUUUUUGAAUUUGAAGGAGUACUAUUGGCCAGAUCAUUGA